AUGGCAACUCCGGCAGCCACCUCUUUGGCCCUCACCGUCGUCCUCCUCCUGGUGGCCUUCACGGCAGGCGCCGGCGCAGCCACCUUCAGCAUCACCAACCGGUGCCCCUUCCCAGUGUGCGCGGCCGCGAUGCCGGUGAGCGGCGGCGGCGGCGCGCAGCUGGCGCCCGGCGAGACGUGGACCCUGACGUUCGCGGCCGGCGGGACGGGUGGCAGGAUCUGGCCGCGCACGGGCUGCGCCUUCGACCCCGCCACGGGCCGCGGGGGCUGCCAGACCGGCGACUGCGGCGGCGCCCUGCGCUGCGUGCUCUCGGGCAAGCCCCCCGCGACGCUGGCCGAGUUCAACCUCGCGAACGGCGGCGCCCCGGGCAGGUACGGCAUAUCGGUCGUCGACCGCUUCACCCUGCCCAUGGACUUCUCCUGCAGCGGAGCUGGGGACGGCGGCGUGAUCCGGUGCAGGGACCCCGGCUGCCCCGACGGAAACCACCGCCCCGGCGAGGGCAAGUACCGCGCCUGCCCGGCCUACAGCGACUACCAGGUCGUCUUCUGCCCAUGA